CGCAGGAAGAAGGAAGCAGCGCCACCAUCUCCAACCGGCGCUCCCUCCCCGCCUCCCGGGUCUGCCCGCCGCCACCAUGUCGGCCUCGGCUGUGUUCAUCCUCGACGUCAAGGGCAAGCCCCUGAUCAGCCGCAACUACAAGGGCGAUGUGGCCAUGAGCGAAAUUGAGCACUUCAUGCCUCUGCUCAUGCAGCGCGAGGAGGAGGGUGUCCUGGCACCCCUGCUGAGCCACGGUCGUGUCCACUUCCUGUGGAUCAAGCACAGCAACCUCUACCUGGUGGCCACCACGCUGAAGAACGCCAACGCCUCACUGGUGUACUCCUUCCUCUACAAGACGGUGGAGGUGUUCUCCGAAUACUUCAAGGAGCUGGAGGAGGAGAGCAUCCGCGACAACUUUGUCAUCGUCUACGAGCUGCUGGACGAGCUCAUGGAUUUCGGCUUCCCCCAGACCACCGACAGCAAGAUCCUGCAGGAGUACAUCACGCAGCAGGGCAACAAGCUGGAGACGGGCAAGUCGCGGGUGCCCCCUACUGUCACCAACGCCGUGUCCUGGCGCUCGGAGGGCAUUAAGUACAAGAAGAACGAGGUCUUCAUCGACGUCAUCGAGUCGGUGAACCUGCUGGUCAACGCCAACGGCAGCGUCCUGCUGAGCGAGAUCGUGGGCAGCAUCAAGCUCAAGGUGUUCCUGUCGGGGAUGCCAGAGCUGCGGCUCGGCCUCAACGACCGCGUGCUCUUCGAGCUCACCGGCCUUUCAGGGAGCAAGAACAAGUCCGUGGAGCUGGAGGACGUGAAGUUCCACCAGUGCGUGCGGCUCUCUCGCUUCGACAACGACCGCACCAUCUCCUUCAUCCCACCCGACGGUGACUUCGAGCUCAUGUCCUACCGCCUCAGCACCCAGGUCAAGCCGCUGAUCUGGAUCGAGUCGGUCAUUGAGAAGUUCUCCCACAGCCGCGUGGAGAUCAUGGUCAAGGCCAAGGGGCAGUUUAAGAAGCAGUCAGUGGCCAACGGCGUGGAGAUUUCUGUGCCAGUGCCCAGCGAUGCUGACUCGCCACGCUUCAAGACCAGCGUGGGCAGCGCCAAGUACGUGCCUGAGAAGAACGUCGUGAUUUGGAGUAUUAAGUCUUUCCCGGGCGGCAAGGAGUACCUGAUGCGCGCGCACUUCGGCCUCCCCAGUGUGGAGAAGGAGGAGGAGGAGGGCCGGCCCCCCAUCGGGGUCAAGUUUGAGAUCCCCUAUUUCACUGUCUCCGGGAUCCAGGUCCGAUACAUGAAGAUCAUUGAGAAAAGCGGCUACCAGGCCCUGCCCUGGGUCCGCUAUAUCACCCAGAGUGGCGAUUAUCAGCUUCGUACCAGCUAGAAGGGCCCAAGCACGCGCCUCCCUUCCCCCAGGCCCCACCUGCGGACUUUAGACAGGGAGGGAAGAUGGGUGGGUGGGUGUGCGUGAGGGCAGACCCCUGCCUUGGCAGUUUCUGGCUCCCAGCUCCCACCACCUGUCCGCCUUUUCCUCUACCCAUAGGCUGGGAGGGAUGGGCCCCAUCCCGUCCCCCCUGCCUCCCGUCGUCGUCCCCUGUCCGGUCUCCGGGCUUCCCCCCUCCUCCCAUUUUAUAUGAAGAAAUAGAAAAGGGACUUGAAGCCCCCCUCAUGAGUGCCUUCUCGCGGUGAUCUGCCUUAGGGGGUGACGGGGGCCCCUCCUCCUUCACAGCUGCUGAGCCCAGAGGCCCCCCUCGCCCACUCCUCUGUUUUAGGACGGCAUUAAAGAGAUGAAUCUA